GUCCAGCUCCUCCUUUCCUCCAUCAACCAGUCCGCUCUUUUACCACCACAGCGCGCGCCAGGUCGGCCAGGUGUCGAGCACUCCUGUUCCCACUGCCAGCUUCGGUCUCGCCAGCCAGCCUAUAUAACUCAUCACGCUAUUGGCUUCGCCGACCGCUACCCAAUAAUGUACGACGGACUCUCAGGCCAGAAGAGGGGCCUUCUCUUCUUCGCUGCGGUCGUGAUCGUCUUUAUGCAAGGCGGUCUUUGGUCAGCCCGACGAAGGACUGUCGAUAACUUCCCGGACGAUGCCCUGGUCGCCUCCACUUCCCGCUAUCUCUCCUUUGCAUGGUCGAACUCGCGCCCGACGAUCAAGGAGCACCCAAUACCGGGGCUUAUGGCGGAGGCUGAAAAAGCCUUUCGCGAGAAGCUAUCACGACAGAGCAAGACUCUCGAGGACGCCGUCGCGGAGUACCAGAGGAGGUACGGCAGGAAGCCCCCACGCGGUUUCGAUGAUUGGUGGAGGUUCGCGCAGGAGAACGACGUGCUCAUGAUCGACGAGUACGACAAUAUCGACGAGGACCUCGCGCCGUUUUGGGAGAUCACCGGGGAGCAGCUUAGGUGGCGAGCAUCUGUCGCAGGUCAUUUGCCAUUCGUAGACGUGGUCCGCGUGCGGUCCGGAGAGGCCACAGCGGUGAACAUCCUCGACGGCGAGGAAAGCGAGGAUGUCAGCGCACGCGCGAAGGGCUUUUUGUCCGCUCUGAAGGGCUUCCAACAUAAAGUCUCCGCCCGGCUCCAGAGCGGCGUUUGUCACGCCCUGCGACUACCGGACCUAGAGUUCCCAAUUAAUGGCAUGGCAGAAAGUCGCGUGCUUGUCCCAUGGGAGCGUCGAAUACAGUCUAAUGCGACUCUGCAUUCCAACGUUGACGCGAUCAUCGAGGAGCUUAGUGGCACGCGUGACCCGGACUGGCGUGGUGAAGGUAACGUCUGGGAGGCGUUUAGGAGAACAUGCGAGCCUGGUACUGCUGCACGUCAGCUCUUCAGCUCCUUCCGUGCCCUCCAGUCCUCUGUGAACCAGACGAGCAGACUUACCGCUGCGAGCGACGACUUCACCUUCGCGUGGACCACGGCAGGCAACUACUCGUUCUGCAGCAACCCGUGGGCGCACUAUAACCAGGGGCAUUUCUUCUCCGACUGGCGAACCAUCGGUGCGGUCUUCCCAAUUUUCUCUCCCGCGAAGGCAUCAGGCUACCUCGAUAUCCGGAUACCAAGCCAUUACUACUACGCGCAGACGCGCAGGUACACGUACGGCUGGGACUCGGUUAAUCUGCAGCUGAAGGACGUAGACGACAUGGAGACCCCGUGGGAGGAGAAAAGUGACAAGAUAUUCUGGCGGGGGGCCUCGACCGGCGGCGGCAGCUCUCCCCCGGGUUUCGCGGCGCAGUACCAACGUCACAGAUUCGUUCGCCUAGCGAGCGACCAGUCUUCCGUUAACCGGACGAUCGUGUUCGCUGAUCCGCCGGGGUCCACCAACUAUAUCUACGCGGACGUGCAUGCAGGCGCGCUGAACAACGAGAUUAUGGACGUCGCGUUCGUCAAGGUCAUCGGGAGCGAAAACUACCCUGGGGGACAUGACGCAAUGGUGCGUUUCCACCGCAUCGACGACAAUGGAGUAAACCUCGGCGAUCACUGGAAGCACAAAUACAUCGUCGACCUGGACGGCAUGGGCUACUCGGGACGGUUCUUCUCAUUCAUGGAGUCGGACAGCGCGGUGCUCAAGGCAACGGUCUACCGCGAGUUCUUCUCGGAUUGGUUGCAACCCUGGCUGCACUACAUUCCGCUGUCGCAGUCGUAUGCUGAGAUUUACAACAUCCACGCGUUCUUUUCUGGGGCGACGGACGCCACCCUGCGUGCGGCGAACGCGACUGCGCUGACGCUGUCCGCAGAAUACCGCGCCACAAAGAGCGUGGACGGGGACCGUAGGCUAAGGCGCAUCGCACGUGCCGGGAAGCAGUGGAAACGGACCUUGGGGAGGAGAGUGGAUAUGGAAGCAUACAUUUACCGCCUGUGCUUGGAGUACGCCAGGCUGGCUUCGGAUGACCGGGACGCGAUGAGCUUCAGUAUCUGAGGCUUGACAGCCCCCCGUCUCGCUUGCCGUGGUCAUCUGCGCGGCGCCCGCCCAUGAUCCAUUCACAUGCCCCGUCCAAUCCACCACGCCUUUGGCCGCUGUCGUCGCCAGUCACCGAUUGUUUAUCGGACAUUUCUUCACGUCCAUCCCUUUUGAUGCACCUUUAAUGGUUCGGCUUGGUCUCCUGCUGUAACUGCUUCUGGUGGCCUUGCCGCGCGUGCUUCCGCCUCGCCUUAGGUUUGCCGAGUAGCUUUGGGUUUAUUGCUGGAUCCCAUCACACCGUAGAGUACUAUCCUAGGAAAGUGUACAAUAGCUGCAUGGCUGCGGGCCGUAUAUUUAGAACCUCCC